GGAAGGUCUGUGGAGGGACUGCAGGGCCUGGUAAGAAGCCCACGGGGGAGUGUGCUGCUGGCUCCUCUACUGAGGCCCCUCCAGGGAGAGUCCAGCACCCCAAAAUUCGCCUGUGUCUGCUGUCUCUUGGCAUGAGUGAAUUCCCAUCUUUGACCCCUAUGGGGUCCUUGGGGAUCCAAGUAAACAGAGGCCCCCAGAGCUCCCCAGAGGAGGUUCCUGCAGCUGCUUCAAAGCCUCGACACAGCCUGGGCAUUCUCCAUGUCUCCUACAGUAUCAGCCACCAAGUUGGGCCCUGGUGGGACUUCACAUCUUGCCGGCAGCAGUGGGACAGGCAAAUCCUCAAAGAUGUCUCCUUGUACAUCGAGAGCGGGCAGAUCAUGUGCAUCUUAGGGAGCUCAGGCUCGGGGAAAACCACGCUGCUGGAUGCCAUGUCCGGGAGGCUGCGGCGCACGGGGACCUUCCUCGGGGAGGUGGUUGUGAACGGCCGGCCACUGCGCAGGGAGCAGUUCCAGGACUGCUUCUCCUAUGUCCAGCAGAGCGACACACUGCUGAGCAACUUGACUGUGCGUGAGACACUGCGCUUCGUGGCACUGCUAGCUGUGCGCCGCAGCUCCCAGGGCUUCUUCCAGAGGAAGGUGGAUGCAGUCAUGGUGGAGCUGAGUCUGAGCCAUGUAGCAGAUCGACUGAUCGGCAGCUACAACCUUGGGGGGAUUUCCAGUGGCGAGCGGCGCCGGGUCUCCAUCGCAGCCCAGCUCCUCCAGGAUCCCAAGGUCAUGCUGUUUGAUGAGCCUACUACAGGCCUGGACUGCAUGACAGCAAAUCAGAUCGUUGUCCUCCUGGCAGAGCUGGCUCACAGGGACCGCAUUGUGAUUGUCACCAUCCAUCAGCCACGCUCUGAGCUCUUCCAGCUCUUUGAUAAAAUUGCCAUUCUGAGCUACGGAGAGCUGGUUUUCUGUGGGACACCAGCGGAAAUGCUUGAUUUCUUCAGUGGCUGCAGUUACCCUUGUCCCGAACAUUCAAACCCUUUUGACUUUUAUAUGGACCUGACAUCAGUGGAUACCCAAAGCAAAGAACGGGAAAUAGAAACCUGCAAGAGAGUUCAGAUGAUUGAAUCUGCCUACAAAGAAUCAGCAAUUUAUCGCAAAACCUUGGAGAAUAUUGAAAGAACAAAACACCUGAAAACAUUACCAAUGGUUCCUUUCAAAACCAAAGAUUCUCCUGGAGCUCUCUCUAAACUGGGUGUUCUCUUGAGGAGAGUGACAAGGAACUUAAUGAGAAAUAAGCUGGCGGUGAUGAUGCGUCUUGUUCAGAAUCUGAUCAUGGGUUUGUUCCUCAUCUUCUAUCUUCUGCGGGUCCAGAACGAUGUGCUGAAGGGUGCUGUCCAGGACCGUGUGGGGCUCCUAUACCAGCUUGUGGGUGCCACCCCAUACACAGGCAUGCUCAACGCUGUGAAUCUGUUUCCUGUGCUGCGAGCUGUCAGCGACCAGGAGAGCCAAGACGGCUUAUACCAGAAGUGGCAGAUGCUGCUGGCCUACGUGUUGCACGUGCUCCCCUUCAGUGUCCUUGCCACCAUGAUGUUCAGCAGUGUGUGCUACUGGACUCUGGGCUUAUAUCCUGAGGUUGCCAGAUUUGGAUAUUUCUCUGCUGCUCUCUUGGCCCCCCACUUAAUUGGUGAAUUUCUAACUCUUGUGCUACUUGGUAUGAUCCAAAACCCAAAUGUGGUCAACAGCAUAGUGGCUCUGCUCUGCAUUGCUGGGAUACUUGUGGGAUCUGGAUUAGUAAGAAACACAGAAGACAUGUCCAUUCCUUUUAAAAUCUUCAGUUAUUUUACAUUCCAAAAAUACUGUUCUGAGAUUCUUAUAGUCAAUGAGUUCUAUGGACAGAAUUUCACUUGUGGCAGCUCAGAUGGUUCUGUGACAACUAAUCCAAUUUGUGCCUUCACUCAAGGAAUUCAGUUCAUUGAGAGAAUCUGCCCGGGUGCAACAUCCAGAUUCACAACAAACUUUCUGACUUUGUAUGCCUUUAUCCCAGUUCUUGUCAUCCUAGGAAUAGUUGUUUUUAAAAUAAGGGAUCAUCUCAUUAGCAGAUAAAGAACAAUGCUGCGAAAAUGACCUUAAGCCCUAGAUGUGCAGGACUAUUUUGAAUGUCUGAAAUAAGAAAGCCACGUGUUUCUUGAUAGUACAUCUUAAGUCUUUUAACUCCAUCUGUGCCCCUCAGAUCCAUGCAGG